CUGGGAAGUGUGCGGAUGUAGUUUUUUCCGCUCUGGUACUGUUCUAUUCUGGUUGAUUUUAUAACCACCAUGGAACUACGUUUCCCAUGUAUCUGGGAAUUCUGUCGAAUCUGCGGUCUGUCAAACACGGAAGGUCACGCGCAUGUAGAGAUGCGAUGCAUUGCAGUGAGAGGUGUGGAAAUACAAUCGUAUUUCUCCAAAUGGUGAGUCUUAGAUCAGUCAACCUUCAACUACUCUUUGGUCGUUUCUUAUAGUGACCUCAAUGUUUCCUACAUUUUGAAUAGCGACAAUAUCCGGCAUUCAUAAUUCCUGCUAGCUAACGUUAAUGCAAGUUUUGAACCCCACUUGAAUUGGGAAAACCUGUUUGUUAAUAACUCUCUGUCACUGACACUAUGCUGAGGAAUCUUGUGAGAUUGCACAGUCGUGUGGGGCAUGCCCUCUCUCCCCCCAUUGUCUGCCCAAGAAGUCAAGCUCUCAAGCUGCCGCUCCCUCUACUCUCUGUGAACUCAAAAUAUUACUCCAUUAUCACAGAAAGAAAGAAAUUCUACGAGGAUGUCAGCAUAUCCCACGGAGAGGCAGGUGGCAUGUUUGAGAUCAACCUGGACCAACGGAAACUGAAGACACCAGGAGGAAAGCUGUUCACAGCCCCCAACGAAGCCUUAGCCAUUGCCGUGGCGAAUGAGUGGGAUACUCAGAAAGACACGCUCAAGUUCUACAGCAUGCAUAUGACCACUCUCUGCAACACAGCCCUCGAUAACCCUACAUUCCGCAGCAAGGACCAAAUAAUCACUGCUGCCCUCAAGUAUCUGGAGACUGACACAAUUUGUUACAGAGUUGAGGAGCCUCCAUCUUUAGUGGAGCUUCAGAAUAAUGAAUGGGACCCUGUGCUGAAUUGGAUUGAAGACGGGUACAACGUAGUCAUUGGCUCUUCUACCAAUAUACUGGGGCCUGAGAUCCCACAGGCAACGAUGAAUACUUUUCGCCAGCACCUGGGUUCCUAUAACUUCUGGUCCCUGACAGGUCUGGAGUAUGUGAUCACCCAGCUGAAGUCUGUGGUGCUGGCAUUUGCAUUGAUUGACAAACACAUUACAGUGGAGCAGGCUGUGCUGCUGUCAAGACUAGAGGAGGAGUUCCAGAUCGGGCAUUGGGGAAAUGUAGAGUGGGCUCAUGAUGUUGACCUGUAUGAGCUGAGAGCACGUACAGCAGCAGGGGCUCUGUUUGUACAUUUCUCCUCUGAGAGUUCAACGGUCAAACGCAAACUCAUGCAAGACUAAGGAGGCGCUUCCCUGAGUCAAACAUACAAGCUCAGACAGCACUCUAAAAGCAAAGACAACAAAGACGGUGUACUGGCCUCUGACUGGGAAGAAAUCCCAACUCAUUAGGACUUGAAUUUAUCUCUGGUGUUGUCCUUGGUGGAACAAAAACACAUUUUAUCUACCCAGGUCCGUGACAUAAUCUGCAGUUUAUAAAACGUCCUGUGAUGAUUCAUUUCAGUAAAGAGGAACCGUCUCCUCUGCCACUCCUUCCCUGUAAAGUACAGCCAAGUAUGAUGAUCAUCUCUUCUACAUGUGUUUUGAAUCACUAACCAGGUUUCCAUCCAACCUUUUUUAUGGGAGUAAAGUACACGUGGGACAAAUAUCAUGGCAGGCUUGAUGGAAACAGAACAUUUGUCUGCAAACUUUACAAAUGUCGACAAAACACUAUGAUAGACAAGUUGGGAUCUUUUUGUAUCUGUCAAAUUAAUUACAUGAGAAACGUUGGUGGAAAUGACUAAGUAUUAAUAUAUUAACCAUCAUAUCGAUGUAAAUUUGGGAACCACUGUAUUGGCCUACGGAUUAAAUAAAGUGUAAGGUGAUCAUCUCAA